CUCUCAGUUGCCAACGCCCACAGUUCUACGAUCAUCGCUACUCCACUAGUACAGUACUGCCAUAAUACCAUUCAUCAGUAGACACAGCCUGAUUUUCUCCUGCUUAAUUGCUACAAUGGAAGGAAGAAUCAGGGACGGCCAUCUUGGGAUUAGUCCGCCGCGAUAUAGAGGUGUACGACAACGGAAAUGGGGGAAAUGGGUGUCCGAAAUCCGGGAGCCUGGCAAGAAGACAAGAAUUUGGCUCGGGAGUUAUGAGAUGCCUGAAAUGGCGGCGGCCGCAUACGACGUUGCAGCAUUGCACCUUAGAGGACGUGGGGCGCAACUAAAUUUUCCUGAGAUGGUGGAUAUUUUGCCCCAGCCAGCGAGCUCUAGCGCAGAGGAUGUGCAAAUGGCGGCACAAGAGGCGGCUUUGCUGUUUCGCAGACCAAUGAAAUGCUCGGAGGCUGUAAGCGGCGAUUCCAGUGUUGGUGGUGGUUUAGGUCCUGUUAGGGUUGGGUUGUCACCGAGCCAAAUUCAAGCUAUAAACGAGGCACCAUUGGACUCACCAAAAAUGUGGAUGGAGUUAGCUGGGGCUCUUCUGCUGGAAGAGCCUAUGAUCAUGAGUGAUGACAUUGAUGUUGCGUAUAGAGAUGAGAGGGGAGAAAUGCAGCAUGAUUCCAUUUGGGAUUAUUAAUCAUAUACAAUUAUUUAUUUCGUGUUUUAUUACUAUAUUAUAUAUUAUUUAUAAUGAUAAAUAUUUGACUAUACUAAUGUAAUGAUGGGAUUGAUCAAUUUAAAAACUAGCUAAUCUCUCCGAUAUUACAUUAGAGUCAACAAGAUUUAAUUAAGCUUUCUCCAUCCAUUGAUCUUUUUCUUUUUUAUUUUCGGGAGAGAGAGUUUUGCUCACCUGGAGAAGUGGAGGAUUGGCUCUUUUGACAACUUCGGUCUUCGGGCUCUAUAAAUGCAUUGAAAGAGCAUAAAUUUUUCAAGACGUCGUUUAGCGUGUAAAACACUUGAAGAGAGCCUGAAAAGUGUAUUAUUUCCUUUUAAUUUGCACAAAUUGCCUUCUUGUUUCGAUGCGAAGGACAAGACUUCUGCCUUCAAUGAAUCUAGCUUCUUUCGUUCA